AGGAAAGUGACAAACGGCAGAGGAAUGUUCAACUCAGAUUUCACCUCAAUCAUCCAGCAGACAGUCCGGUUUUAAUCAGGACCUGGUACCCAGGAACGACCACCAGAGCCCUAACGGCCCCCCUUACGGAGACUUCACUAACUCUAACUCAGUCCAGCUGCAGCCCUGGUCCGGGUUUGGUACUUUAGUCAGUCUGCUGGGGAAGAGGAAGCGGCUCCUCCCUCAGACCUUCAGACCUUCAGCUGAGACCAGCCCCAGUCCGGAGCUCCACAGGCCACCGAGAAACAAGCUCUGACCGAAAACAGGCGUCUGUCUCCGCCUGGGAUCAGAGGGAAGACCCGCUGCUGGACUACCGAGAGUCCGGAAACCAUGGUCACCGAGUGACCGAGUUUAGACCUCAGACCGAGGACUGAUCGGACCCGGGGCCUCUGCUGGGAACCCUCCCCUCCCCGAGACCAGGACUAACACAGACCCGUUUAAACCCGGAAUAAACUCAAGAAAAAACCCAGGAUAAAGUCCAGGAUCAGACCCGGUUCAGGGUCAGAAUGAGCGCCGAGGAGGAGAGAUUCAAACUGGUGGUGGUGGGAGGAGGGGGGGUGGGCAAGAGCGCGCUCACCAUCCAGUUCAUCCAGUCUUACUUCGUCUCGGACUAUGACCCCACCAUUGAGGACUCGUACACUAAGAUCUGCACCGUGGAUGGGAAAGAGACCAGACUGGACAUCUUGGACACCGCUGGUCAGGAGGAGUUUGGAGCCAUGAGGGAGCAGUACAUGAGAUCUGGAGAAGGAUUCUUAUUAGUGUUUGCUCUCAACGACCGCGGCAGCUACCAUGAAGUCCAGAAGUUCCACACGCAGAUCCUGAGGGUGAAGGACAGAGAUGACUUCCCCAUGGUUCUGGUGGGAAACAAGUCCGACCUGGAGACCCAGAGAGUGAUCUCCAGAGAGGACGCUCAGGCAUUUGCCUCAGAGAACAGGAUCCACUACAUGGAGGCUUCGGCCAAGAACAGGUACAACGUGGACGAGGCCUUCAUAGAGCUGGUCCAGAUCAUCAGGCGGUUCCAGGAGGUUGAAGCUCCGCCCCCUCCGUCUCAUCACCCCGGGAAACAGAAAGGAGGGGGUUGUCCUUGUGUCCUCCUGUGAGGGCGGUUACCAUGGAGACCAGCUCGUCCACAGAGGAGAGAUAGUGAUGGACCAGGAGCUUCAUCGUUUUUUUAUAUUUGCACUUUGACCAAAAGUUUUUUUACUGAGCUCCUGUGAGCCCUGAGGCUGAUCAGAAACCAAAGAUAAUUGAUUAUUGAUUAUUGAUAACUGAUGUUUAUCCUGGUGUUUAUAGUUUAUCAUGGUGCCUGUUAGCUCUGUGUCACAGCUGGAGCUCCUCCCCCUUUAAACUGUCCAUAUAGAUAGUCCCUACAGAGUCAGCCAUGUACAUAUUAUUGAUUAUUGAUGUCUUAUCAAUGAUGUCUGAACCAUUUCAACAUGUGGCACACCCUACCACCACUGAGUGGUCAUGAUGUGUUCCUGCCUGCAGGGGGCAGCAGAGAGACGGCCUUAGAUUUAGUGAGUCUCUGGUUUCUGAUUGUGUUUCAGUCCUGUUUAUCAAACAGAGGUAGUUUUUUUUUUUUUUUAGGUUUUUGGUACUUUUUCAACUUUAGAUUUAAAAAAUAAGAGAAUCUGCUUUGAACCAGACCGUAUCAGGGUCUGAUCAUCUCUGACAAAUGUAUCCUCUACAGAGAUCAAUCAGCUCUGAUCAGGUUUAAUUUGAUCAAUAACAGCAGUAAAGAUAGGUUUAAUGUUUAUAGGCUAAUGCUGGAGCAGAUCAGCUCCUGUUUUCACCUUUUCAUGUUUUUCUCCUGUUUGAGCUUCAGUUAGACUUUUCUUCUUAAUAUAGAUGCAGGGGGUGGGGGGGAUGAUGAUGAUGAUGAUGAUGAUGGUUAUGAUGAUGAUGGUGAGGAGAUCCUGGUGUUAAUGCAGUAAAGUUGAAACAUCGCCCCCUACUGCCAGGACUCUCAGUCUUUAAAGUUGUUUUCUUUGAAUUCAUAUUUAUAUUCUGGGAUUUAAGCAUUUUUUUCACAGGAUAAUUUUUAUGAGUUAGAAAUUAAAUUGCUUUUAUACUUUAUUAAAUUUUUACACAAAC